AUCCAGCCUGGGCAACAAGAGCAAAACUCCGUCUCAAAAAACAAAACAGAGAGAGUGGGACUUCUGGCUUCUGAGCAGUAACCUUUGUUGUGCUAACGACGAAAAAGAAUUAAAUAUGGGUGAUGUUGAGAAAGUCAAGAGGAUUUUUAUUCAGAAGUGUUCCCAAUGUCACACCGUGGAAAAGGGAGGCAAGCACAAGACUGGACCUAAUAAUCUCCAUGGUAUCUUUGGGUGGAAGACAGGUCAGGCCUCUGGAUUCACUUACACUGAAGCCCAUAAGAACAAAGGCAUCAUCUGGGGAGAGGAUACACUGAUGGAAUAUUUGGAGAAUCCCAAGAAGUAUAUCCCUGGAACAAAAAUGAUUUUUGUAGGCAUUAAGAAGAAGGGAGAAAGGGAAGACUUAAUAGCUUAUCUCAAAAAAGCUACUAAUGAGUAAUAAUUGGCCACUGCCUUACUUAUUACAAAACAAAUGUCUCAUGACUUUUUUAUGUGUACCAUACUUUAAUAGAUAUCAUACACCAGAAUUUACAUCAUGAAUGACUGACAAAAUAUUUUGUUGGGCAGUCCUGAUUUAAAACUAAGACUGGCUUGUGGUUAAAUGAGUAUGUUCAGUUUUUGGAUUUUAAUAGUAAUUCCAAUUUAGUAAAUUCUAUCACUGUUUACCCCUUCUAAAGAUAUGAUUCGACUUCGUUAGUAAUGUUAAAUUUUUCGCAAAGAUGGUGAGUGCUAUCUUAAAACUUACUGGAGAUUGGUUUUAUAUUUAGAUUUAUAUAACUGGUUAUGUGAAUAUAUUUAAAUAUGGGAGAAAUUCCUUCACUGUCUCAGAACCAAGCAAGAUUCACCUGUGUUUUGUGUUCAUUUGCCUCUUAAAGACAAGGGUUGAAGAUAAAUGGGUAGCAAUGGCUAUUUUAUAUUUUUGGCCUUAACUAUGCCAAUCUAAUUAGAAUUUCCUGUAUUUAAAAUGGUUCCUUUUACUUAUUGAAAGGCAUUUUGUGUGGUUUAUGUGUAAUAUCAAAAAUUAUUUAACACUUCACACAUUUUAUAGAUGAUCUAUAAGGUCACAUGCUUUUAAAAUAGUAGCCAAUUAAACUUCACUCUCGGAUUCUUUACAAUAUAAGUCAAACUAAGUUAUAAUUUACGAUUGUCUUUAAACAGCCAUUCAGAAACAAAACUGUACAACUGCUGUGUAUUUGUGAUUGGGAAUGGUGCUUUUGCCAACUUAAAGGGAUUAAAGUAGAGGAUAUAUACACAAAUUUAAAAAUGAUGUGUGAUCAUAUGACUUAAGAUAAUUAAAAAGAAAACCACAGAUAAAAAAAACAAAACAAAACAAGCUGAAAUGAAGGAGGAAAUAAAAUUAACUACAGAUAAUCUUUUUCUCUGAAAACAUUUUCUGUUUUCAAAACAAAACAGAAAACCUCCCUGAGACGUCAUUAAGAGGAGACAUUAACAGCAAAGUAAAAUUAUUACGCUUAAACUUUCACAUCACCUAUAAAUACUUAAACCAGAAACAAAACUGCUUGAAUGUGACACUGUUUACUAAAAACAGAAACAGUGUUCUAAUGGCUAGAAAGGUUUCUACUGGUAGUUCAUUAUGCAAAGGGAGAGGUUCCUUCAGUCUGCCAAGCUCUUCUUAGGAGAUCUUCUAACAAAACAAAGAUGAGAAAUCUUUCUUUUUUUUUUUUAAUGAGUUGUCCAGGUCCCUUGGCAUUUUUAGAGAAAUCAAAAGAU